AUGCAGAGGUGCUUUUUGUAUAAAUUAAAAUCAAUCUGCUGUAGAAAAAUGUCAUAUAUUACCAAGACUUUAAAGGUCAACCCUGCUUCUAUUCAUUUCUCAGCAACGUCACAUUUAGACGGAUCCCUUCCUGUAAUUACUGAUCCUGAGACCAAAAAUAACUUGUUGGAAGCGGCGCGGAUUAUUAGGGAUACCAAUGAUACUGUUGCAUUUCCUACAGAAACAGUUUACGGAUUAGGAGGCUCAUCGCUGAACGAUGAAUCAGUGUUGAAUAUCUAUAAGGCCAAGAAUCGUCCCAGUGAUAACCCGUUAAUUAGCCACGUUUCGUCGCUUGACCAACUGAACCGUAAGAUCUACAUGCAGGAGAAUAUCAAGAACGAGCUCUGCAAUAUCCCAAAAAUUUACCAUAAAUUGAUAGAAAAACUAUGGCCUGGGCCACUUACGAUUUUACUACCUGUGCCUGAAAGAUCUCCAUUAUCUCAGUUAACUACAGGCGGCCAGCCUACCUUUGCAGUGCGCAUUCCUUCCAACCCAGUAGCCCGGGCGUUGAUUGCUUUGAGUGACACGCCAAUAGCGGCACCGUCAGCAAAUGCAUCUACAAGACCUUCCCCUACGCUUGUUGAGCACGUGCUGUACGAUUUAAAGGGUAAAAUACCAUUAGUUUUGGAUGGUGGUGCAUGCGAUGUUGGGGUCGAAUCUACAGUUGUUGAUGGCCUUGUUCAGCCUCCUAUGUUACUUAGACCUGGUGGUUUCACAUACGAGGAUAUCUUGGAGUUAGGGGGAGAUGAAUGGGCUACUUGCAAGGUAGAGAACAAACACGCAGUAGAACUUGGGGAGAAAGUUAGAACACCAGGGAUGAAAUAUAAGCAUUACUCCCCAAGGGCGCCAACGUUGCUGUAUGCUCCUACAAAAGAAGAGUUACCGAUGAGUGCUAGACUGGAAACUGUAAAAGAAGAUAUAAAGAAGUGCAUAAAAGAAAAGUUCAACGACGGAAAGAAGGCGAAGAUAGGUCUGCUUACAACCAUGCAUUUUCCAGCCGAUAUGUUGGAAAGUCUUCAAGAUGAUGUUGAAAUAGUACUAAAAUCUUUAGGAACUGUAGGAAAAGAAAUUCAAACGAACUUAUUUGCUCUAUUGCGUAACCUAGACGAAAAGUGUAACGUUGACUUGAUUAUUGUAGAAGGUAUACCAGAAAAUGAAGAGGGACUUGCAGUUAUGAAUAGACUGAGAAAAGCUGCUGCAAACAACAUAAUCCCAUUUUAA